AUGCUUAUUGUUAGUUCCGAACUAAUAUUUAAUAAAGAAGCGCUUUGCAAUGACCAAGCGAGCUUUACACGGUGGUAUAGCGGAGCAAGGGCCACAAUUUUUCAUGGCUUUUACCCGAAAAGUGGAAACAGCCUCUCCUCGAAAUGUACAACUGUCGGCCAUGACAACUCCACUCGUCCAGAUCUAAUCAUUUGUAUGGGCCUGGAACUCAAGCGUCUUGGAUUGUAUGACUGGACGGGCGUUGCCAAGUGA